AUGGUAUCCUCGACGAAUUUCGAAGAGGUCGUCGCUGUAGAUGCUCCUCACUAUGGCACAAAAGUCACAAAGUACCGCUCGAAGGUAACUGGACUCUCAGCCGUCGUUGUCGACUUGACUGUUCCCGUUGUGCACGGUUACUUCGCUGUAGCGACCGAAAUCCACAAUGAUUCAGGCUGUCCGCACACACUCGAACACCUCAUCUUCCUCGGCUCUGAGAAAUACCCAUAUAAGGGCGUUCUUGACACCCUCGCCAACCGUGCAUUCGCACAGGGCACAAAUGCGUGGACAGAUACUGAUAAUACUGUCUACACAAUCGAGACCGUAGGGCAGGACGGGUUUUUGAGGAUUUUGCCAGUGUUCGUGGAUCAUGUGCUUUACCCGACUCUGACCGAUGCAGGGUGCUAUACUGAGGUUUACCACGUCAACGGCGAAGGCGAGGACGCCGGUGUCGUUUACUCAGAGAUGCAAGGACGCGAAAACACCCCUGGAGACUUAAUGGACCUUGCAUCCCGACGACUCCUAUUCCCGGAAGGCAAUGGGUAUAGAAGUGAGACUGGUGGGUUGAUGGCUGCGCUGCGUCAAUUGAGUGUUCAGGAGAUCAGGGAUUACCACGCCUCGUACUAUGUCCCGCAGAAUUUGUCACUUAUCAUUACUGGUAACGUCGACCACAAUGCAUUAUUGGAGACAUUGCAGAAUACUGUCGAGCAGACGAUCAUCGAGAAAGGCGCACCGGACCUCUCCACCUGGCAACGUCCCUGGGUCGACUCGCCCGCUCCCUUGCCUCUUGUCGAGUCCAAGACUGCUACGGUCGAGUUUCCGGAAGAGGACGAGUCUAUGGGCGAACUUAUGAUCUCCUGGCUCGGACCGUCGUGCAACGACAACCUAACGUGCACGGCACUCGAUAUCUUGGGAAACUAUCUCACCGAAUCCGUAUCGAUCCUCGAGAAGGAGUUCGUCGAGAUUGAAGAUCCGCUAGCGACGGAUAUCUCGUUCUACACUUCUGACUCAACUACCUCCGUUAUUUCUCUAUACUUCUCCUCAGUACCCACCGAAGCACUCGAGAAUGUCGAGAAACGACUACACGAAUUACUACAAGAGCUUGCGGGGACUGGGUUUGAUCUAGAAAGGGUUCAUAUGUUCAUCGAACGUGACCGUCUAAAGACUCUCGAUGCGUGCGAAACGUCUCCUCAUUACGCUUUCUCCACCCCUGCCAUCACUGACUCAAUCUACGGUUCUCCUUCCGGCGAGACCCUUACCGACGGCAUGAACGACCUCAAAUACUACGACGUCGUCCGUACCUGGUCUUCCGCCGACUGGAUCUCCCUCCUUAAAAAGUGGUUAAUCGACAAUCACCAUGUUUCGAUUCUGGGAAAGCCGAGUGCGGGAUUAGUAAAGAAAUUGGAGACUGAGGAGAAGGAGAGGAAGGAUAAGAGGAGACAGGAGUUGGGCGAGAGUGGGUUGAAGGAGUUGGAGGAGAGAUUGGAGGAGGCGAAGGAGACGAAUGAGGCUGAGAUCCCGAAGGGGGUUAUUGAGAGCUUCAGGAUUCCGAAUGUGGAGGGAAUCAAGUUCAUCGAAGUCGACACCGCUCGUGCCGGCAUCGCCGACUCGAAGGGUUUCGACAAUGAGGUGCAGAAGCAUGUGAAUGCUGACGGGUCAGGCGACUUGCCGAUCUGGAUUCAGUUCGACCAUAUCAAGUCCGAGUUUGUCACAAUCUCGCUGUAUUUCUCCACCACCAACAUCCCCGCCCGCCUCCGCCCAUACAUCUCCAUCUUCCUCGACUCGUUCUUCAUGAACCCACUUUACCUUCCCGACGGCACCGAACUCUCCUUCGAAGAAGUCGUCCAAGCCCUCGAUGCCGAUACGGUCGAGUAUGGUGCUUGGCUCGGUGUCGGUGGUGGGUGGAAUGAGAUCGCAUGCGUAAGGAUGAAGGUCGAGAGUAAAAAGUACGAGAAGGCGAUCGCAUGGCUGAAAGAUCUGUGGACGUGCGCGAAGAUGGAUGAGGAGAGGAUUGGCAUCGCAGUGUCGAAGAGCCAGAACGACAUGCCUCAGCAGAAACGCGACGGUUCGAAGGUGUCUUGGGCGGCAUUGCAGAUGCUUCAGAUGGAUGCUGAGAAGUCUACGGCUCGUGCGGCGAAUAUUCUGACGCAGGACAAAUUCUUGGACGCGCUUGAGGAGAAGAUGGAGGAGGAUGAGGGGAUGGAAGCGGUGCUUAAGGAUGUCGAGGAACUGAGGACGUUGCUGUUCAGAGGGGAGAAUCUGAGAGUGCAUGUCGUUGGUGAUGUGCUGAGGUUGGAAAAGCCAAGCUCUGCUUGGGUCAAGUUUGAGAUUCCGUCGGGGUCGAAGGGGGUUCUUCCUGUUCCUCUCAGCCGCGAUAACCUCACCGAGCAAGGCAAGAACCCUAAGGGUUCGGCAACCGUCGUAGCUCUUCCGUCCAUCGAGUCGUCCUAUUCCGUUCACGUUACGAAGUCCGAUGUGCACUUCACUCACCCCAACCUCGCCGCCCUCCAAGUCCUCUUCACCUACCUCGACACAAUGGAAGGCAUCCUGUGGAAAUACAUCCGCGGCUCCGGCCUCGCAUACGGUGCAGACCUUCGCAUCGAGCCUGAAUCUGGAUUUCUCUACUUCUCCAUUUACCGCUCUCCCGACGCCUCCAAGGCAUGGACUCGCGCGUACGAAAUCGUGCAAGAGUUCAAGGAUGGAAAGAUCGAGUUGACACAGACGAUGUUGGAUAGUGCCAAGAGUAGUGUUGUGUUUAAUUACGUGAGUGGGGAGGGAACGCCAGCAAGCAAGGGUGCGCAGAGCUUUGUAAAUCAAGUUCUGAGAGAGGAGAGUAAGGAUCGUGUCAAGGAGAUGCUGAAGAAGGUUCAGGCGGUUACGUUGGAUGACUUGAAGGGUCCUGCGAUGGAUUAUUUGAUGCAGUUGUUUGAUGUGAAGAGGUCUGACACGGUUGCUGUGUCAUCACCUGCGAAAGCAAAGGAUCUCGAGCAAGCAUUCGCCAAAGUAGGCUUCAACGUCGCCGCUCACACUUUGGACGAUUUCGAGUAA